AUGGCGGCGGCAGUAGUUAAUGGUUGUGUAGAUACAAGUGUUGUAAAUUCAAUAAAUAAAGAAGAAUGUAAUGGAAAAGAAAAAAAGUUACUAAAUGGGAAAAUAAUUAAUCACAAAAAUGGUUACUUAAACUCCAAAAAUACCAGUAAUGGUGUCAAUAAAUCAAGGCUCGAUGAAGAGGGCCCCAGAAUUAUACCGAAGAUGGAUUGGUCAGAGUACGACACAAUGCGCGGUUCGUUCGAGAAAUGCUCGCUGCUGACGGCGGUGCUCACAAACUUGGGACUGUAUAUACUCAUGUUCCUGGGGUUCGUGAAUCAGAUACUCUUCAAGCCUAACGUCGCCACUGAGAAAAACAGAGAGGGCUACGCACCCUUAUACGAUCCAUUUGAGCAGUUCUUCUCUCGAUACGUGUACCGGCGCGUAAAGCACUGCUUCAACAGACCAAUCUGCUCGGCACCAGGCGCUGAGGUUAUUCUCAAAGAGCGUUGCAGCGAUGAUCACAACUGGACGUUCAGGUUCACAGGUUCGAAGCGGCGCUGCAUCAACCUGGGCUCUUAUAACUACCUGGGCUUCGCGGAGGGCGAGGGCGGCAGCACGCACGCCGACGUGGCUGCAGCCACGCGUCACUUCGGCCUCGCGAUGUGCUCGUCGCGCGCCGAACUCGGCGACACGGCGCUGCACCGCGAGCUCGAACACACCACGGCGAAGUUCCUCGGCGUGGAGUCGGCGAUCGUGGUGGGCAUGGGGUUCGCGACCAACACGCUGGCGCUGCCGGGGCUGCUGGGCCCGGGCGCGCUGGCGCUGAGCGACGCCAACAACCACGCGUCGCUGAUCCUGGGGCUGCGCCUGGCGCGCGCCACGGUGCGCGUGUUCCGCCACAACGACGUGCGCCACCUCGAGCAGCUGGCGCGCGCCGCGCUCGCCGAGGGCAAAUGGCGCAAGAUUGUUAUCGUAGUAGAAGGCGUGUACAGUAUGGAGGGCUCAAUCUGUCCUCUCGCGGCGCUAGUGGCGCUGAAGAAGCGGCUCGGCUUGCAGCUGUACCUGGACGAGGCUCACUCGAUAGGCGCGCUGGGGCCCCGCGGCCGGGGGGUCACGGAUUACGCGGGGGUCGACCCUAACGACGUCGACGUGCUCAUGGGCACCUUCACUAAAAGUUUUGGAGCUGCCGGCGGGUACAUCGCAGGGUCGGCGCGGCUGACGGCGUGGGUGCGCGCGCAGGGCCACGCGCACACGUACGCGCACGCCAUGGCGCCGGCGGUGGCGCAGCAGAUCGUGUGCGCCAUGCGCGCGCUCGACGCGCCCCCCGGCCGCGCGCGCAUCGCCGCGCUCAGGGACAACACGCACUACUUCCGCAACAGAUUACGCGAAAUGGGCGUGGUGACGUUCGGGCAUCACGAUUCACCCGUGGUUCCGAUGCUGGUGUACACCUUCAGCAAAAUGGCCGCCACCGUGGAGCGCCUCACGGACAGUGGCAUCGCAGCGGUGGGCGUGGGCUUCCCCGCCACGCCGCUAAACCAGGCACGGAUAAGGUUCUGCCUGUGCGCGUCGCACAGCCGCGCGCAGCUGGACGCGUGCCUGGCGGGCGUGCGGCGCGCCGCGGCCGAGCUGGGCCUGCGCUACUCGCGCCGCGCCUGA